CAACAAAUCACAGAAUUGUCACUCUUCGAAGCAUCUGUGAGUUUUGUAAUGGCGUUUAAGAACUAUAUUUCCCACAAGCCUUUGCGUGGCUGGCUACGUCAGUCCUGCGACAAACCUGGAUGCUAAUCAAAACACGGAAACACUGUGAAAACUGAAAUGGAAACGGAACAACCAAAGAACGACACUUCUUCAAGCACACCAACUACAUCUCAGUCCAAGAAACCAAGCCAGGCACUCUACGUACCAAAGAAACGACUCAACACAUCGAAAGACAAACCUCAAAUUGAGGGAGAAGUCAAACCGAGACCCAGGCCACGUUACACAGACAAGGCUCGAAAGAACGCUAAAAAUAAGAAGGACAAGGCAGUAGCAAAAGAUGAGCUGCCGCCUGUUGGAAUAGAUGGGGAUGGGACAAUUACUGGUAAUUCUACUGUAGAGGUUGAGCGGCUACAUCUUCCGGAGGUGGCGCCCAAUGGACAGCUAGAAUCGGCAGAUGUUCCUGAUGCAUCCUGUCACGAUGAAAAGGCAUCAGAGGACAGUUGGGACACUUUAUUUAAUGAUGACGGAGAUUGUCUCAAUAAUCAGCUGGAAGAGCUCUCAUUGAGUGAAGGUCGAAAGGAGUCAAUCCAGGAGGCAAGAUUUGAUUAUUAUAACAUGAACAAAUUUGAUGAUGACGACAUAGACCAUAGUGAGGAAGACCUCUCACACGUCAUUGAGAUCUACGAUAUCCCUUCUGAGUUUAAGACGGAGGAUCUUUUUAAGUUAUUUCAGGGAUACCAAAAGAGAGGUUUUGAUAUCAAGUGGAUUGAUGACACACAUGCUUUAGGUCUCUUUGCAAGCCCAACUGCAGCCCGCGAGGCAUUAAGAUCCAAGCAUCCACUUAUGAAGCUGCGCCCACUCUCCAAAUCCACUUCAGCGACUAAGGCCACAGCUCGUACUUUUUCUGAGUCGCCCUUGCCUGCUAAAGAGAGACCUCAAACCAGUGCAGCUCUGGCUCGCAGGCUCGUGAUUGGCGCCCUCGGUGUGAAGAACAAUGUCACCAAGGAACAGCGGGAGGCAGAGAAGCGGAAGCUGCAGGAAGCUAGAGAACAAAAGCGUCUGGCAGCCAAACAGAGGGAAGAUGCUUGGGAGGGAAGGUGAUUGGAGAGAAAACUCAUCCGCUUUGAUUCCCUUGACUACUUUCAGACCACGCCUGAAGACAUGUAGUCCCAUCAUUAUCCAAGUGUGCAGCGUUACAUCACUUAAGUCAUGUUUUUUUUAAUGAAGGGCCAGAUUACCUCAACUUGUUUGGUAAUCGAACAUUAUAAAGAAAAAAACUCAUGAAUUCAUGGAAAGUUAUAAGUAGAAAUGCGUCUGAAGCAUUUAUUUAAGAUAAUUAUUCCUAUCGUGGUUUUUCUGUAAAGAUGGAAUGUUUUAUGUCACAUUUUGACAAUUAAGACACAGGGAAAUGACAUUUUAAUCCUCUUAUGUAAAGCCAGAGAUAUACUUUUAUGAAGUAGAUUUCAGUAAAUGUAUUUUCAUAUUUCGUGUGCAUAUGACCCUUAAAUUCAGGAUAGAUGCUGGUGUCAUUGUCCAGUACUGUACUAUGUCUUUUCUGCCCUAUGGUUUAAAUCAUAUAUAGAGUAUUCUUAGAUCAUAAUGAGGGAGCAAUGGUAGUAAUGUCUUGUACAUAAUCUCCUGUUUGAGGAACCUCCCAUUGACUCUUGAGAGUCAUUUGAGGUGAACGUUUUAUGCCACAUGUUUAUGUGUAUCUGACAGACUUGUGUAAAUAUAUUAAGGGGAGUGAAACUGGAACGUGCUUCUUAUUUCAUGAAAUGUGUGUCCCUGAUUUAGCAGGCACAGAGCAGGGUGGAGUCUGGAGAGGUGUUUGUUUAUGGAAAGUUAAGUAUGUGGAGUUCAUGUUGUUUUACUUGCGAAAGGAAAUCAAAAAAUUGCAUUACAGUUAUUUGGGAGCGAAGUCGCUCUGAUCCAGGGUAGAGUUGCAAGCAGCUGCCUUGAUUGAGCCAAAGCCCAACUCGCCGCAUGCCAUGUGGCACUCACUGGUUAUCCAUUAAUUCAUCGACCAGUAAUUAAGCUUCAUUCUGUGAUAUAAGAAUCAAAUGCAAAUGUGUUUUUGGCUUCAAAAUUAAGGCCUAAACUAGGGCUGUCAAAAUUAUCGCGUUAACGGGCGUUAACUUUUUUAAUUAAUCACGUUAAAAUAUUUGACGCAUUUAACGCACAUGCCCCGCUCAAACAGAUUAAAAUGACAGCAAAGUGUCAUUUCCACUUGUUACUUGUGUUAUUUGGUGUUGUGGCGCUUGGGUGCGACUGAUUUUAAUGGGUUUCAGCACCAUAA